AAAAAUAAAAAGACCUAAAAUUUUCUGAUUUGUAAUAAAUUUAGAAAUUUAUUAAUUUUAGAGAGCUUCAAUAAAGGCCACGCGCGUUUAACGGAGGUGAAGACAAAGCUUGGUUUUGUGAAUAAUAUCUUCUCCCUCCCUUCGGUGUGUAUCUGCUUACUCACUUCGCUGACCGUUUUAACAGAACACGCAAGCAACGCACUCAUUCAUUUUCCUCCGUCUUCAACUCGACGCAAAUUUUUUUUUUCGAGGAAUUGGUGGUGGAGUGCAUUGAAGAGAAGUGGUUCCGUGAUAGUGUUUUGUUUGGGGAGAGAACAUGGAUAUAGCUUUUAGGUUACCGCAGUCAAAUGUGGUAUUAGAUGGUUUGGAUUCUUGCACUGUAUUUGGCGGGAGAGGUUUUUGUUGCGCUUUUCUCGGCAUGUCGAGGACUAUUUCGAAGGCUCGUUUUAGUGGAACGAACAAGAUAGGUAGUUGGAGUUGUUCGAGAGUAGACUGUUUCGGAGAGUUGAAAGUUUCGAGUGGGAAGAGGAGUAUGUGUUGGAAGAGAAAUAAACUUUUUAGGGGGAGUAGAAAAAUUUGGACAAAGUGUCAGGGUAACGAUUCUUUAUCAUAUGUCAAUGGCAAUGGGCGGAAUGUUGAUAGGGUGGAAAGUGCGGAUGAGGACUCUGGUUCCAGUGCUGAAUCUUGUGAAUCUUUGGGUGAAGAAGGGCAAGAAGGGAGGAAAGAAGCUGGGGGUGAAGUAGCGGAGGAGCAAAAUGUGGAUGAAUUGAAAGAACUGCUGAUAAAGGCCAAGAAAGAAUUAGAGGCCGCUCGAGAAAACAGCGUUGCAUUUGAGGAAAAGGUUAAGAAGAUAUCAGAGACUGCGAUUUUCUUGCAAGACGAAGCAGCAAGUGCUUGGAACAAUGUUACUUCUACCCUUGAUAUCAUCCAAGAUAUUGUGGGUCAAGAAUUUGUUGCCAAAGAAGCUGUUCAGAAAGCAACUAUGGCCCUUUCUCUGGCUGAGGCAAGGCUUCAAGUAGCCAUAGAGUCUUACGAGGCUACAAAAGAAGCUUACGAUUCCUCACAAGGUUCUAACAACAUUAAUGAUGAUAAAGAUAUAAUGCAGGAAGCGAAGGAACUUUUGGAUGCUCAGGAAGAUAUCAAGGAAGGCCAGACAAAUUUAUCAAAUUGCGAGGAUGAGCUGAGAGGCUUGCAAUGUAGAAAGGAGGAGUUGCAGAAUGAAGUGAACAAUUUGCAUGAAGUUGCAGAACAGGCGCAGCUGAAAGCAGCAAAAGCAGAUGAAGAUGUUGCAAGCAUAAUGCUUUUAGCGGAAAAAGCUGUUGCUGCCGAAAUUGAUGCUGCACAACAGGUGAAUGAUGCAGAGAUUGCAUUACAGAAAGCAGAAAAAAUUGCCUCUAGUUUUAAAGCUGAUACCAAAGACAGUCUACAAGGACAAGAGAUUGUAGCUAUUUCCGAGGACGAGGAAGUGGGUCAAGGCUUUUCUGGUGAUGAUGUCGUUAAAAGGGAGGCUGAUCUUUCAAAUGAUGAUGAGCUUUUGCUAACCGAAACAAAAUCUGACAACAGUAGGCAAAGUUUGGAAGACAUGGCACAGUCUGAUUAUCUGAGUGAUCAUGAGAACGGACAAUUAAGCUUAGACUCUUCUAAAGAAGCUGAAGUUGAAACAGAGAAGUCAAAGAAUGUAGUUCAAACAAAAAAGCUGGAAACACAAAAAGAUUUGACUAGAGAUAAUUCAUCAUUUUUUCCAAAGGCAUUAUUGAAGAAAUCUUCCCGAUUUUUUCCCGCAUCAUUCUUCUCUUUUACUGCCGAUGAGACUGAUUACACACCUGCAUCAGUUUUCCAUGGUCUUAUGGAGUCUGCACAGAAGCAACUAGCCAAGCUAAUUGUUGGGUUAUUGUUAAUUGGAGCAGGGCUUGUACUCUAUAGCAAUAGAGCCGAAAGGGGUGCUCAGCUGCUUCAGCAACCGGAAGUCAUUGCAACCACUGUUGAAGAAGUUUCUUCAACUGCAAAGCCUCUGGUUAGAAAGCUUCAGGAUCUUCCCAGGAGAAUUAAGAAAAUUAUUGCAUCAUUACCUGAUCAGGAGGUGGAUGAGGAGGAAGCCUCCCUCUUUGACAUGCUCUGGUUACUCCUUGCAAGUGUUGUAUUUGUACCAAUUUUUCAAAAGAUUCCUGGAGGCAGUCCUGUUCUUGGGUACUUGGCUGCUGGUAUCUUGAUUGGGCCAUAUGGUCUUUCCAUUAUUCGUCAUGUACAUGGGACAAAAGCAAUAGCCGAGUUUGGAGUUGUUUUCCUGUUAUUCAAUAUUGGCCUGGAGCUUUCUGUUGAAAGGCUUAGUUCAAUGAAGAAGUAUGUCUUUGGAUUGGGAUCUGCUCAGGUUUUGGUGACUGCUGUAGUUGUUGGCUUGGUAGCUCAUUAUAUUUGUGGUCAAGCUGGCCCUGCUGCCAUUGUCAUUGGGAAUGGUCUAGCAUUAUCAUCAACUGCUGUUGUUUUGCAAGUGUUACAGGAGAGAGGUGAAAGCACAUCACGGCAUGGAAGGGCUACGUUCUCGGUUUUACUUUUUCAGGAUUUGGCAGUGGUUGUCUUGCUAAUACUCAUACCUCUAAUUUCACCUAAUUCUUCCAAAGGAGGGGUUGGCUUUCAAGCCAUUGCUGAAGCACUUGGUCUGGCCGCUGUUAAGGCAUUGGUUGCCAUUGCUGCCAUAAUUGCAGGUGGACGAUUGCUCCUGCGACCCAUAUAUAAGCAGAUUGCAGAGAAUCAAAAUGCAGAAAUAUUUUCUGCCAAUACACUCUUCGUUAUUCUUGGGACUAGUCUUCUCACAGCCAGGGCUGGACUUUCAAUGGCAUUGGGGGCAUUUUUGGCAGGUUUACUAUUGGCAGAAACAGAGUUUUCCUUACAGGUUGAAUCUGAUAUUGCCCCGUACCGUGGCCUUCUUCUGGGUCUCUUCUUUAUGACGGUUGGAAUGUCAAUUGAUCCAAAACUUCUUGUUUCAAACUUUUCAGUCGUUACUGGGACCUUGGGACUUUUGAUAUUGGGCAAGACUUUCUUGGUUUCUUUAAUUGGUAGAAUAUUUGGUAUUUCUCUCAUUUCUGCUAUUAGAGUUGGCCUUCUUCUUGCUCCUGGGGGAGAAUUUGCAUUUGUGGCUUUUGGUGAAGCGGUUAAUCAGGGCAUAAUGUCUUCCCAGUUGUCCUCCUUACUGUUUCUUGUUGUGGGGAUUUCAAUGGCCCUCACUCCUUGGCUAGCUGCAGGAGGGCAGUUCCUUGCUUCCCGUUUCGAGGUGCAUGAUGUGCGAAGAUUAUUACCUGUAGAAAGUGAGACAGACGAUUUGCAAAAUCAUAUCAUUAUUUGUGGAUUUGGGCGAGUUGGGCAAAUCAUCGCACAACUUCUUUCUGAGCAACUUAUUCCUUUUGUUGCACUAGACGUGAGAAGUGAUAGAGUGGCAAUUGGACGUGCCCUGGAUCUCCCUGUGUACUUUGGAGAUGCUGGUAGUCGAGAGGUCCUACAUAAGGUUGGAGCUGAAAGGGCAAGUGCCGCUGCAAUAACUCUAGAUUCACCUGGAGCUAAUUAUAGAACAGUUUGGGCUUUGAGCAAAUACUUCCCAAACGUCAAAACUUUUGUUCGGGCUCACGAUGUUGAUCAUGGAUUGAAUUUAGAAAAGGCUGGAGCUACCGCUGUUGUCCCAGAGACCUUGGAACCAAGUCUUCAACUAGCUGCUGCGGUUCUUGCUCAGGCUAAACUUCCUACAUCAGAGAUUGCAGCAACCAUAAACGAAUUCAGAUCCCGCCAUCUGUCUGAGCUAACUGAACUAUCUGAAACAAACGGAAGUUCUUUUGCAUAUGGAUACAAUAAAAUUGCAACCAAACCCAAUUCGUCAGACGAUACUCAGUUCUCUGAAGGGAAACCGGCGACAUGAAGACUCCCAUGUAUAUUUGUGAAAAUUUGUAUAGCAACAGGUAUACACUGUACAGAAAUAUAUCCGCAUUCAAAUUUUGAUUAAUCAUUCUUUAAUUUUUGUUGAUUUUCUUUGA